AUGCAGCAAGCCCCAAGGAAAAGACGCCCUCGGAAAUUGGGGCUUUACGUGUGCGAAUUCCCCGGCUGUGGCAAGCAGUUUUCUCGUUCUGACCAUGUGAAACGGCACGCGCGAAAUCACACUAGCGAGGGCCGCUUCCGUUGCGAGGUCCCAGGAUGCACGGCCGAGUUUACGCGGCUGGACAUUAAAACCAAGCACCAGAAACGGCAUUUUCGUCGGCUGGAUCGGGUGAGCGAGGUUCCAGAAAGCUCCUCUGGCACUGCAGACAGCACGAAGCCCGAGGGCUCGUCUCCCGCUGGGCAAAUGGAGUCAACAGAAAGUUCAGACCAUACCACAAAAGAUGUGAUAUCAGAGCCCACACCACAGAUCGGACCGUUUGCCACCAAUGUGGGGGACUCUGCGCUUGCGUCGCCGUCGUUCUCGCCGUCUCGUCUGAUACGAUGGAUGAUGCACGAUCUGACAGAGGUGUCACCUAGCCAUGCCGACCACCAGAUCUCCCAAGACACCGCCACAAUGCUCAACGAGGUGCUUGCCAUUACACCUGAGUUCCCCAACGCCAACUACCAGACCGAUGUCGACGAAAACAUCCUGCUGCACAUGUCGCAGCGGCUGCCCAUGCUCCAAGAACAUGCAGACUUCGAGGUCUACAAGGUGCGCUUAUUUCUGAAACUUUAUUGGCGGAUGUACCAUUCGCAGUACCCCAUUCUACACAGGCCGUCGUUCUCCACGUUCCAGGUCCAUCCUCUACUUUUGUUGGCCAUGGUGAUGAUUGGGGCGUCGUUUGCGAAAAAAUGCCCAAUGCCAGAGGAUGUGGAGCUCAGCGACCCUGACGGUUUUGCAGACCUGAUUGCAUACCCGCUGAGGUGGCUGAUUUUUUCGUGCGACGAGGCCAAGCCCGGUUGUAACUCGUGGGUGAUCCAGAGCCUCCUCAUGCUGGAGACGUACGAGAUCACAAAAACGUCGCGCCGGUUGCACGAGCGAGCAUGUAUAUACAACGGCACCAAGAUCCAGCUUCUACGCAGAAGCCCGAUCCUGGGCGGUGACCCACUUAAGGGAGUGAGCGCCGACCCGAGCCACUCAAACAGUCUGUGGACCACGUGGAUAGAGAGCGAGUCGAUGAAACGAGCUGCGUGGAUGUCUUUCUACAUCGACACCAUCCAUGCAGUGGUUUACGGCCACCCAGUCAGCAUUUACGACAGCCAAAUAAAACUCUCGUUGCCAUGUCCAGACGAUUUAUGGGAGUACGACAACUUCGACAGAAACAACGCUCCCGCCUCUGUGAUGCAGAUGCCAAUCUUCACUGAUGCUCUUACGCGGCUGCUUCGCAACGAGCCGGUCCGUACAGGCACUUUUGGCCGCAAAAUUCUACUUGCAGGCCUGCUCAACCUCAACAUCCAGAUGAGCCAGAAAGAGUCGCAGCUGACACUCCUGGGCUGGGACUCCAAGCGGGAAAACUGGAAGGCGAGCAUUUCGUCAGCUUUGGACCACUGGAGAGUGCAGUUGCCGCAGCGAAGCUGCUGCCACGCAGGCUCGUGUCUCUACCAUGCAGACAGCGGGCCGGCACUGUUGCCGCCUUCUUUCCAUGCACAUGAUACCAAGUGCAAAUUCCCCGAAUAUCACUCUGCCCAGCUGCAUCUCUGGAUCACCCAUUACGACUACAUAGUUUACGCGGGGGCGCCCAAACGGAUGAAUGUGCCGGUCUUGACAGAAGACUACGAUGUGGUUGUGCGCCGGAUUGCCAAGUGGGCGCAGUCGGAUGCGGGUGCAAUUUGCGCGGUCAACUCGUACAUUCUGCUCUUUGAAAUGAUGCUUUCGCCAGAAAAUAGCACCGAUCAGGUGAAUUAUGUCUAUGAGCCCGAUAAAGACCCAUUUAUUUACCGGCCAAAUGUGAUUGUGUCCGCGACAUUAACACUGUGGGCAUUUACGUUCUACAACUACGGUCCGGAGUCUAGGUUUAUGUCACCCGAAUCCGGGAUCGAGCUGGACGGGGACUAUGCCCCUGCGAUGGAGGACGCGUACGCUUAUUUGCGGCGAAUUCGCACGGAGCUUGUAAAGGAGACCGGCAUCCCUUUCAAAAAGCUCAAUCAGUUGGACCCGGACGAGUACAAAAAGGCCGUGGCCGAGUACGCUGCUGCUCUCUCCCGAGUCUCGCACAUAAACUACAUGGCAGGUCUGCUGCUCGCCCUCGCAACAGGCUACAAGAACGGCAAGUGGGAGAUUGGUCGUGAGUACGCAAAACUUCUCCACAACUGCGCCCAAAGAAGCAUGGGCAGCCCCGUGGUUUUCUGUAUGAAUAUGUACGAAGAUAACUAA